GCAGCCGGUGGAGCUUGAGCGUGUGCUGGAAGGGUACUGGUAGCCCUUGGAGAGCGGAGGGCGCGGCCGAAACCUGGUGGUGUUGGCUUCUCUCUCCUUGGGAUUCCUUUAAGGAACGCAGGCGAACGGCGUGCAGCCGUACCUCUCCGCCUUGCGCAUCCGUUCCCCAAAUAGAGGCUCUCCAUUCCCCAUUGCCUGCCCCCCUACGUGGGCUGAGCGCACUUGCCGCACACUGCGGCCUCGCUGCUGCGCCCUGACUAGUAGCGAUCUGGUCCUGGUCCCUGUCCCUUCGCCCCGCCGCCUGAACGGUGACCGCCGUCCCACCGUUCUUCGGCUGCCAUCGCUGCCGGCACCAUGGGCAGUGAGCAGAGCUCCGAGGCCGAGAGCCGACCCAACGAUCUGAACUCCUCAGUGACUCCUUCUCCAGCUAAGCAUAGAGCCAAGAUGGAUGACAUCGUGGUUGUAGCUCAGGGCUCCCAGGCCUCACGGAACGUCAGCAAUGAUCCUGAUGUCAUCAAAUUGCAAGAGAUUCCAACCUUCCAACCACUUUUGAAAGGGCUGUUGAGUGGCCAGACUUCCCCAACCAAUACCAAACUGGAGAAACUGGAUUCUCAGCAGGUGCUGCAGCUCUGUCUCCGUUAUCAGGACCACCUCCAUCAGUGUGCAGAGGCCGUUGCUUUUGAUCAGAACGCUCUGGUUAAACGAAUCAAAGAGAUAGAUCUUUCUGUAGAAACUCUCUUUAGCUUCAUGCAAGAGCGCCAGAAAAGAUAUGCCAAAUACGCGGAGCAGAUCCAGAAAGUCAAUGAGAUGUCCGCCAUCCUCCGCCGCAUACAGAUGGGCAUCGACCAGACCGUGCCCCUGAUGGAGAGGCUCAACAGCAUGCUGCCGGAGGCCGAGCGGCUGGAGCCCUUCAGCAUGAAGCCGGACCGAGAGCUCAAGCUGUAGAGGCGCUUCUCCCUUCCCACCGGGCAGGUAGCCUGUGAGAACAGAGCCCGGCACCACUGAUACCCUGAGGACGUUUGGAACCAAAGUCAUACCAUGUGGCCAGGGCUUGAAACUGGCUGAAGGAGAGGUGAAGCAGCUCCCCUGGCCCAGAAACCUGACUCUGACCUUCUGCCCCCUUUCCUCGAUGCAGUUCCCUUUGAGAAAUGAACCCAACCCAUCCUCGGUGUUAUGGAAUUUGGAACAGUUUCAUUAGGAAUUCUUUAAGAACUCUGCAUUGGGAGUUAUUUUUAUUUUGUAAUUGAGAGUGUAUAUUAUCUAGUCUGGUGUGUGGAGUGGAAAUAUAGAGAGAAGGGGAGAAGUAUUCUAAGAAGCUCUGUGUCCUUGAUGCCUCCAUGAAAUUUUACUCACGAGGCUCACUGGGUUACGGGCUCUGCACAUAAAGAGGUAAUUUAA